GUGAAAUAGUGUUGUAUGCGCCCUGAGUUCGGCACAAAGUGCACAUAUGCGCUGAUAAUGCUCGUUUUUGUUUUUUAAUUUAGCGCCGUCUUUUAAAUGAGAGUCACUGAAAUGCAUUCGAUUCUAUUUCUGUAAGAUAACAUUUGGGCGAGUGGUACAGUGAAAUUCACAUGAUGGGGUAGCAAAAUGCGACGGGGAAUUUGCUAUUUUGAAUGUGACUUGUUGGUGGUGUUCUUUGUGUCUUUGAACGCGGUGCUAUGUUUGGAUACCAAAGAGUUCCAGAAAACUUUACCAGCUCGUCUCGUUUGGGGUGUUCCUGGGAGAGACGCAGAACUACCAUGUGAUAUUACCCCUGCACUUCCCAAUGAUAACGUCACUCUACUUUUUUGGUUCAAGGAUAAUCUUGGAAUACCACUUUACAGCUUGGAUGCUCGAGAUGGUCCACUGGACAAAGCCUCUCAUCUAGCUAUGAGUGAUGAUCUGGGAUCCCGUAGUUAUUUCAUAACCGAAGGAGAGCCUUCGAAAGCUAGGUUAAGGAUACAGAAUGUUAACAUCCAUGAUCAAGGAGUUUUCAGAUGUCGAGUUGACUUUGUUAAUUCACCAACAAGAAAUUUUCAAGUCAAUCUGACUUUAGUAGAUCAGCCGUCGGCUCCUAGAGUGUUUGACGCAGAAGGCCGGGAAAUUAAAGCUGGACAUCCGGCAGGACCUUUUUUAGAAGGACGUGAAUUGUUUUUAUCUUGUCAAGUUACUGGUGGCCGCCCUAAGCCCAGUGUAACUUGGUGGUACAAUGGUACAAUUUUGGACAGCGUGAUAGACUCCAGUAGAGAGUCGUAUACGACUGUUAAUCAACUUGUGAUAGCCUCAACUCCGAGGUACCUGAAGGGAGCUCAUUUUGAAUGUCGAGCUUCCUCUGCUGAGACUGCUGGAUAUAUUUCCAGGGAAGUACCGCUAACAGUAUUUUUGAAACCCAAUAAAGUGAAGAUAGUGAGUCCUAAUGAUUUGCUGUCCAUCAGUAAGUCACAAAACAUAAGAUGCGAAACUUCCGGUUCUUAUCCACCUGCCAAACUAACAUGGCUACUUGAUGGAAGGGCCAUUAGGAACGCUGUUGUUACUGAAGAAGAGACAGAAAGUUUCACUGGAAGCAUUUUGUCGCUUAAUGUGGCAGUAGAAGAUGACAGCAAGGAUCUGGUGUGUCGAGCAGACAAUCCUAGAUUUCCCGGGGGAUACGCCGAGGAUCGGAGACAAAUACAUGUUGCUUAUCCGCCUCGGGUAUUCGUUGAAGGAGCAUCAGGAUUAGAUUCGCCUGUCCGGGAAGGUACUGAGGUCACGUUAUUUUGCAGGUCUUCAGCAAAUCCGCCUGCAGUGGGUUACCGUUGGUAUCACGAUGCUCAUCUUAUACCGUACAAUGAAACCGGUGGAAUUCUUCCUGAUGGUGAUAAAUUAAUUUUGAAAAAUAUUAGAGAGGAGCUGGCAGGACACUAUGCAUGCUCGGCAAUCAACAUAGAAGGAGAAACCUAUAGCGCACCAUACGAACUUGCAGUUCAGUAUGCUCCUCAUUGUAAAAAAGGGCACGAGAUAAUGCGAGUUGGCGCCCUCCCUUUCGAGACACUAGUGGUCCAGUGUCACGUAGACGCCGUCCCAGACGUGGCACGUUUUUCUUGGACCUACAACACCAGCAGGGGCGUCCUUCCUGUUCAAGGAGGUAAAAUGGAAAAUCAGGGCAAUGUGUCGAUAUUACACUUUACACCUGGUUCUCCAGAUGUGGAAUCAUUGGCGUGUUGGGCCACCAAUAGUGUAGGCAGACAGGCGAAACCAUGUCUUUUUAUUAUCGUGCCGGCAGAGCCUCCUGAAUCGCCGAGAAGUUGUCUUGUUAGAAACGCGACACAUGGAGAGGGUCUGGAAGUGUCAUGUAUCGCAGGCAAAGAUGGCGGAUUACACCAAAGUUUUGUCCUGGAAGUUUCUGAUGUUUCCGUGCCCUCCAGUCCUCCAGGUGUUACCACGCUCAGUGAUCAAGGUGAUCUACCACCUCCAAAAUAUCGUGUUCUAGGGGAACGACCGGUUUUCCGCCUCCACAGUCUUCAACCAGGUAAAAACUACCAAGUAACGGUUUAUGCUGAAAAUGCCAAAGGAAAAAGUUAUCCUCCUGUGAUAUUACCAAAUAUUAAAGUAGAAAAUCAACUAUCAUUGGAUCAGUUCAAUGCAGACGAUGCAGAAUCUUCCGAGACCAUCCCAACAGCAGAAACCUCCACAUCAAAUAUGAAUUUAACAGCUCUAAUCGUGGGAUUAGCGUGCGCAGCAGUGCUUCUAAUUGUAAGCAUAGUAUCAGUGUCUGCGGUAUUAGCCUGUAGGAAACCCAAAAACAGAUUAGUGCAACGAAGAAGUAGAAGGAGUAGCAAGCCUCCCGACGACUUCGAUCUUUCCGAAGACGGUUUCGGUGAAGGUUUUCAUAGAAGAAGUGCCCAGUAUAGGGCUAGUAUGUAUGGGGAAUGCGAAGAGAGGAUCUCUAGGAUGAUUGAAGGUCCAGAUUUGAUCCUCUCACCAGUUACAACGUCACAACAAAGCUUAGAAUUAGGAACAUUUUGAAAACGAAUAUUUCCUUAGUUCCAUUGGAUGUGCCAUUACUAGCGAAUUAAUUUUAACAAUUGCAAAUAUUAAUAUUUCUGAACAUAGUAUGUAAAGUCACUUUAAAAACAUUCACAAACUAUGAAAGAUCCUUUGGGCAUUACUCACGUGUUAUAAUUGAUUUCAAAAUGUUAUAUAUUAUUCAAAGUUUUGAGAUAUCAACUUCAGUAUUCAACAGCUGCAAGUAACAAGUAUUUAAAAUGAAAAUAAUUCAAGUGCACUCAUUACAACUCAGUAUUUUCAUGGAUGUCAGUAUAUGUUCUUAAUUUUCCAUAAAAUAUCAAAAGUUCACGAUAUGAAGCUAUUAAGGUAUUUGGUUCUAAUUUUAGAAAUAUUUGUAUCCGUUGAAAGUCCCAUAAUACAAAAUUUGUAAGCCAGCUAUUCCUGGCAAAUUUUAUUGAGUGACAAAUACGAAAAAUCUCUUAUUUUUUGUCCUAUAUGUCUCUUAAGAUAUGCUACAUUCAGCAAAUCUCAUCUUUAACUGGAUAAAAUUAAUAGUUUCCUUCUAAUCUUCAUGCGAGUAUAUUAGCAGACAGCUUAGGCUCGGGCCUUUUACGUGACCCUCAUUAAAAUAACUUGCUAAAUAUUCUUUAAAUUCGCUGCCAUCAAACUGAUUUUAAUUCUUAGAGCUUCAUAAAGCAAUCAUAUAUCAUCUAGCAGAAUCUAGAACAUAGAAUGUGCAUUAAGUCUAUCGUUUCCAUUCGUGUCUCCAAACUAUUGAUACAUUAUGUUAGAGGCAUUUCCUGUUCCAAUUGCCCACUGUUGUAAAUGUUUCAUACAUAUUUCACAUGGGAAAUGCCAGUCUCAAAAUUAUUCAUAAUCUUGGAGUGAACUCUGAGAAGGCAAAAUAAGCUAUUUUCUCAACGCGAGAAAGAGUUUCUCCAUUUACUUUUGCAGUAUAUUUUCCACUAAUAUAACAAAAACAUGAAGUUAUGUAAAUAGCUACGUCGACUUGUUGAUGUUUUAGUUUAUUAUGUUGAUAUCAAGCUAUAAAAUGAAGAAAUUCCACACAAACCUCAAUAAUAUACUAUCCAGUAAAACCACGGAAAAUAGAGCUCGAGUCAUUUUUCAACCUCAUUAAUUUCUUUGGUUACCUCGUUAAUUAGAGGUGAUAGAAAAAAUCUGGUACAACAAAAUACUUAAUCACAGUGUUGAUAUUUAAAACCAAUUUCCGGUUUAAUUUUGAUCCAAUUCCAUCUAUCAUUCAACGUAUUCUUUUAUUCAUAACAACUUUGACAUCGUUAAUGCUAAAAAUAAAACAGAUAUAUUAUCAAGUCUGUAUUAGAUUGGUUAUUAUCAUCUUUUGAGCUGGACACAAAUAAGCGUCCGAAUAAUCUAUGCGUGAACUUCUGCAGUUUGGUAUAAUAUCAAAUACCCAGGUUUCAGCCAAUAAAGUAAUAAAAACUACACAAUUCGUAUUUGGUUUCAGGAAGUUGUUGUCAGUUGUCCACUCAGAGAAUUUAAUUAAGUCCACAAUUCAGAAUGACGUGGUUUCAGUUUAGGAAUCUUUUUCUAAGCUACACAUAUGACAAUGAAGAAAUUGGAAGUAAUAGUUUUAUGCGUAUGAAGGAAAGUUCAAACUUGUAGCAUGCCAUUUACUUGUUAAGUUUUUCUUCAAAUAUUAUUAAUACGAGUAUUUAUUUAUUUAAGUAUUCUGGUCAGUAGACACUUCUAUUUUAACUAUAACGUUCAGGUAUUUAAAGAAAUUGAUUUGUUAAUGUUAAUGUUAAUAUUUUCAUACGACUGCAUUUUGCUGUCAAUAGAUGCGUAUUCCCAAUAUUAUUAUAUCAAUGACUUCAAAGUUGUAGAAUGUAGAAAGAAUAUAGAGGACGUUUCAGAAACGACACUAGGGUUUCAUUGAAUUAUUCUAAUGGAGUAGAAGGUCCAUAAAAAAUCACUUAGACUUGAACGUUUUAGUUAAAAUUGAAGUGUCUACUGAGCCAUGAUCCGUGAAAAAAGAAUAUUCAAAAUAUUUUAAGAAAACUUCAUAUAUGUAUUUGAUAUUUUCAGAUCAAUAAUUCAAGUGUACAUCACUUAAAUAUUGAUUAAGAGUUGAAAAUCAACAUUUUCAAUAAUCUUAACGUAGUAAACUCAAUUUUUGAUAUUUCCUUUGAAAAAUAUUACCCUUGAAUUCAAUGUUUUACACUAGAAAACAGUAUUGGUGAUAUUUUGUACAAGACAUCCUCUUGUAAUAAACAUUCAUAAAUUGUUCUCGAUUUUCAGUCAAACAUCCUUCACCAAUAGAUAUAUAACUAGAUGUGGAAUAAUAAAAAUCACUAGAAACCACUUAAUUAAUUGAUUCCUAGUAUUUGUAUCCUGUAGGAUAUCACUCCAGUACGUCUAAACUAGUGACCUACUAAUAUUUACUAUAAUAUGUGAAGUGAUUUUGAUUAACAAUAAUAUUUCAGUCUCACUAUUAUAUCUGUACUAGUGUAAAUAUAUUUUUAAAAUGAUUUGAUAGUAUGAAUGACAUGUAUUUAUUUUUAUGAUAGAUGCUAAUUGAUGUAUAUAUCUCAUAUUACUACAAUAAGUCAGUUUUAAGAUGUAGAUCUUGUAGUUUUUAUCUCAGGUAAUUUUAUAAUAAAAUAAAUUUUAUGUGAA